AGCGAAGAUAUGUGCUUAGGUAUAUGGGUCCAUUACGGUAGAGUAGAUAUGCGUAGUGGUAGCUGUGUCAUUACGGUAGUUUAGAUAUGCGCUCUGCGCCUUUAAAAGCUAACUGCGCCCAGGUCCCACGGUCCACUGGCCACGCCGGGGUCUAUCCACUCCUGACUGAGUCUUACCAACGCCACUGUGUCCAGUAAGACGUGUUGGCAGCAGGAGCAGCCUUCUUCGCACGGAUGUAUAAGCGCGACAUUGUAAGUAACCAACUGUUUUUGUGAUAAAGUUGCCCAAGGGGAAAGUUCUCAAUGAAGGGGUUCCGCGCCCAGCGCCAUGAUUUAAGUUUUAAAAGGGGUCGUUGGAUCUUUUCGUUAUAGCCAGACAGCGCACCGCAUCACAGUUUGGAACCACUUAAACUGAGUAACGAAGAACGUGUUGGUUACUCACUAAUGCGACGAAAAGUCGAAUUCGGCUCAGAAGAGGAAUAUCAACUUUUGACCAAAGACCCUUGGUACAUUCAGUGCCCCAUGGACACUGCUCCGCUUCGGGACCUCAAGACGAGACGCGGUGUAACUUUCUGAUGCUGGUACCGGUCUCUAGUCUGUGAUCCUACCAGGCUUUUGUUCAUUCUUCUACUUUGUCAAAACGCCAACGGCGAACAACUUUUCAAAAUGGAUAAAUACGAGGAUUUGGGUUUGGAGGCAAGUAAGUUUAUAGAGGAUCUGAACAUGUAUGAAGCGUCUAGAGACGGGUUGUUUCGGACGAGGAGAGAUGCGGGGAACAAUCCCGACUUCGAAGAAACCAGGAAAGUGUUUGCCUCGAAAAUGACAAAGAUCCACAUGCAGAAGCAACAAGAGGAGCAGGCAAAAAACACCCUGGCGAUACGAAUGAACGGGGGUCCCGGUAGCGCGUACUACACCAAAGACAGGCCGCCCAUCAAUAGCUCCCGACAGGCGUCCGAAGCCGCGGCCAAACCCCCCAUGCUCUCCGGCCCGGUAGCGCCCGUAGGCGGGAAUCAGUACGCGCAACAUGACGGGCAGAAACCGCAUCCAGUCCUCCAGCCAGAAGUUUCACAGGGCAGGGCACAUGGCUACGGAAACAAUUACGAUAAUAAGGAGCGUUUUGAGCCCCAUUACCAACACCACACCCCAGCUCCUUCCAAUUCAGGAAACGCGCCCAACAGCACGCCCACACUUGGGCACCCAGUCAGCCCAUCGGGUGCUUGGGGAAGUUUAAGUGGGAGCCAGUCAUUCCCAUCCCCUCCUGGUUCAAUCUCUGAGAGCAGUGUGUAUCCUCAGCAACCCAAACACAAGUCUCCGUCCCACUCCCCUCACAGCCACCUCUAUCCCGGCAUCCCGGGGGCUCCAAAGGCCCCAGCCCCUCCAGAGAGGCAGAGUCCCAACUCCACCUUACGGCUCGGAGAACCUCCCAGCUCGGGCAAACCGGACCUCAUCCCUGGCCUGCCACUCUGUGCCUUCACGGGCGGAGCUAGCUUCCAGCUUCAGCAGCCCUCCGCCCAGCCCCUGCCUGUAACACCACCCACCACAGCCUACUACCCUUCACCCCCGUCCACCCUCCGGACCUCCGCAAGCCAGGGGAACUCCUAUCACAACGGGCCCCCCGCUCAGAACCACGGCCUGGCUGCUGGGAUGGCCGUGGGCACCCUGCUGGGACCCCGGUCUGGAUCCCCACAGCUCAAAGCCCACGUGACCCCGACCCCAGGACUGGCCCCCAAACACCAGGCUGAGGGGGACCCCCGAGGGUCCCCCCUCUCCCGAGGGUCCCCCCUGGGACAGGUGGCCCUCGCUGAGGCCCAAGGUCGCGGUCCCCCCGUGGAAGAGGCUGCUGCUGCUGCGGUGGUUCUGCCCGGCCAGGCGGUUGCUGCCCUGGCGCCCGACACGGGGCCUUCUGCCGCUGAAGCCAAGGCAGACGUCGCCACACAACACCUGGAGACGGAGGCCAAGCCAAAGACGGACUACUUUGGGGUGUGUGUGAAGUGUAACCAGGCCGUGCACGGAGCCAACCAGGCCUGCCAGGCCAUGGGAAACCUCUACCACGACCGCUGCUUCUGCUGCAGCGCCUGCAGUCGCAGGCUGCGCGGGAAGGCCUUCUACUUCGUAGGGGGGAAGGUGUUCUGUGAGGAGGACUUCCUGUUCUCAGGUUUCCAGCAGUCUGCUGACAAAUGCAACGCGUGUGGACAUUUGAUCAUGGAUAUGAUCCUGCAGGCCUUGGGGAAGUCCUACCACCCCGGCUGCUUCCGCUGUGCCAUCUGCAACGAGAGUCUGGACGGGGUCCCCUUCACGGUGGACGCCGGGAGCCGGAUCUACUGCGUCAAAGACUACCACAGAGUCUUGGCCCCAAAAUGUGCAUCCUGUAGCCAGCCCAUCCUUCCCUCAGAGGGGUCAGAUGAAACCGUCCGAGUGGUGUCCAUGGACCGGGACUACCAUGUGGAGUGCUAUCACUGUGAGGACUGUAAGAUGGAGCUGAACGAUGAAGAAGGCCAUCGCUGCUACCCCCUUAACGGCCACCUGCUGUGUCACUCCUGCCACCUGAAGCACAUCGAGCCGGGCAGCUCGUCGCCCAUCGCCGCCUCCUACCAGCUCUAGUUUUGGGUUGAGGGAGCCCCCUGGUGGAUAUAUGAAGGAACUGCCAAAGAAAUAGAAGAAGCAAAAAAAAAGUGGACAUUCAAUACAUUUCUAUGAGAUUGAUUUCGUGUCUUUUGUUUGUCUCUGUAAGUAGGCAAUCAUCGCAGUGUGAUCCUGGUUUAGGUCUAGUUGUCCUGAAUAUUAUUCAUCUGAACCAUUAUGUGGUUUGGGCACUAAUUUAAAUUGGGCCCACAUCGCUAAAUAUUUUAAAAUUAGCAUAAUUAUGAAGAAACUUCCAUGGAAAUUGCUGAUAUGUUUUGAAAUUGUUAUUUCGAAGUAGUCUUUAUAUUUCAACUAGGGCUAUAAGGACACAGACUAUAUAAAUAUACUGUACCCAGUAGAAUAAUAUAGCUUGCCCGAAAAAUUACUAUUUUCAACGUUUUUUUUUCUGUAUAACCAUGCAUUGACUCAAAUAACCUAUAUUUAUCUGAUUUACUCUUGAAGUGAAGUUAUUUUCAAUAAUCCAAUAAAUUAUUUACAAAAAUGA